CGUAGUGAGUGAAAGUCGGGAAGCGAAGCGAGAAAGAAUAAAGACGAACAGGUAAUCCCUUUUUUCGAGUUUCUGGGUCUUUGAGGCUGCAAUUUCCUCAAUCCAAUUCGAAGAGACCCAUUUCGCCUUGCGUAUUUGCGACUUCAAUUUCGGAUUAGGAAAAUGGAUGGACCUGUUGGCCGUGGUGGUAGCAGUGCAGAUACUUAUUUACCAAAUUACAAGCUCGGAAAGACUCUUGGUAUUGGUUCUUUUGGAAAGGUUAAAAUUGCAGAGCAUGCAUUAACUGGACAUAAAGUUGCUAUCAAGAUCCUUAACCGCCGCAAAAUAAAGAACAUGGAAAUGGAAGAGAAAGUGAGAAGAGAAAUCAAAAUAUUGAGGUUGUUUAUGCAUCCUCACAUUAUACGACUCUAUGAGGUCAUUGAAACACCAUCCGACAUUUAUGUCGUGAUGGAGUAUGUGAAGUCUGGGGAGCUCUUUGAUUAUAUAGUAGAGAAGGGUAGGCUGCAGGAAGAUGAAGCUCGUAACUUUUUUCAACAGAUAAUAUCUGGCGUAGAGUAUUGUCACAGGAAUAUGGUUGUUCAUAGAGAUUUAAAGCCCGAAAAUUUGCUUCUGGAUUCCAAAUGCAAUGUGAAAAUUGCUGAUUUUGGUCUGAGCAACAUAAUGCGUGAUGGCCAUUUUCUCAAGACAAGUUGCGGCAGCCCGAAUUAUGCUGCUCCAGAGGUUAUAUCUGGCAAGCUGUACGCUGGGCCUGAAGUGGAUGUGUGGAGUUGUGGUGUUAUACUAUAUGCUCUUCUUUGUGGCACCCUUCCAUUUGAUGAUGAAAAUAUUCCAAACUUGUUUAAGAAAAUAAAGGGUGGGAUAUACACUCUUCCUAGUCAUUUGUCACCUGGUGCAAGAGACUUGAUUCCAAGAAUGCUUGUAGUUGAUCCAAUGAAGCGAAUGACCAUUCCUGAGAUUCGACAUCAUGCAUGGUUCCAGGCUCAUCUUCCUCGUUAUUUAGCUGUUCCUCCACCAGACACCAUGCAACAAGCAAAAAAGAUUGAUGAGGAAAUUCUUCAGGAGGUAGUUAAGAUGGGAUUUGACAGGAACCAUCUGGUUGAGUCUCUACGUAGUAGAGUACAGAAUGAGGGAACAGUUGCAUACUAUUUGUUAUUGGACAACCGUUUCCGUGUAUCCAGUGGCUAUCUUGGAGCUGAGUUUCAGGAGACUGUGGAUUGUGGUUUCAAUCGUAUGCAGCAAAGUGAGACUGCUGCUUCACCUGUUGGGCACCGCCUUCCUGGAUAUAUGGAGUAUCAAGGAAUGGGUUUUAAACCACAGUUCCCUGUUGAAAGGAAAUGGGCUCUUGGACUUCAGUCUCGAGCACAUCCUCGUGAAAUAAUGACAGAAGUCCUUAAAGCUUUACAAGAAUUGCGGGUUUGUUGGAAGAAGAUAGGACACUACAACAUGAAGUGUAGGUGGGUUUUUGACAAUACAGGUCAAAACGAAGGCAUGAUCGACAACCCUGUGCACGGUAACCAUUAUUUUGGAGAUGAGUCCAGCAUCAUCGAAAAUGAUGGUGCUAUGAAGAUGCCAAAUGUGGUCAAGUUUGAAGUGCAGCUUUUCAAAACUCGGGAGGAGAAGUACCUGCUUGAUCUUCAGAGGGUUCAGGGUCCGCAGUUUCUCUUCUUGGAUCUUUGUGCUGCUUUCCUUGCCCAACUUCGUGUACUUUAGAGGUAGAGAGCUAGGCCUUCAACAAGUCCUCUGUGAAUCUAUCGUGAUGCUCGUGAAAAAACCUUUUCAACGUGUAUAUAUAAUCUGCCCUUCAGUUUGUGCUGCUGUACUUAUUUCCGUCGCAUUCCCCAGUUUUAUAUGGGUAAUCGUGUUGUUAUUGAGCCAGUAUUCAACACUGGCCUUUGCCGAGUCAUUUCUAGUUUGGUAUAUGAAGUGGGUCUGUCCUGAAUUCUCCUCUUUACGAACACAAAUUGGUAUGAAAGAAAGAACUAACCUCCUUUGGAGAAAUGA